GACAUACGAGAUCUCAAGAAGACGAUAGUCGAGUUGUGGAAUGAUUUCAGUAGAAAGAAGAUUGAGACGUUUUGGAAGGCGACGUAAAGGACAAGAGUUUGAGAGAGCUUUCGCUGCUCAAGUUUGUUCAGGCAUUUGCCACCUGAGUCUUCCCACAUAGUUUUCCCAUACUCUGUGUUCCACUUUUACGCCAUGAGAUUGGGAAGCUGACGAUUUUCAGCUUUGACUGAGAAUGAAGAUUGAUGUAAGGAAGCUAGAAAAGGCAUGCUCAGAUGUGCCGCCGGGAUGCAGGCCGUUCAUCAAAAACUUGCUGUCCUGUGAAGAGGAAAAAGUUGUGACGGUACUGCGCACUUAUGUGGACUUAUCGUCAUGGCCAUUUGGAAAGAGUGAGCUCUUCCACUGGACUGAGGUCUUGGAUCGAUUUGAUCACAUCCUUGCUAAAGCAUGUGAGAGUGGCCCAGAUAGUGAUCUUAUACCCCUGUGUCGACCACUGGAGGAUGCAGCGGUGAAAGAACGAGUGAUUGCUAUCCUGAACUUCACAGCCAUUCUCAUUGAGCAUUCAUACGCCCGGCAUCUUUACAACUCCAUUGAGCAUUUGACCAAGCUGCUAGCCUCAACAGACGUUGAGAUUGUCCUUGCCGUCAUUCAUCUCCUUUACAUCUUCAGUAAGCGCUCCACAUACUUGUCAGGCUUGCCAAAGGAGACAAAAAAUGAAAUCUAUGAAAGGCUUGCAACUUACGCGGAGGGGUGGAUUCAUUGCUGGCCUGAUGUAUCGCUGGUAGCUUGCUGUGCGUCCGAGGACACACCAGCAGUAUGCUCCACAAUCCACUUUGAGUAUCAUUCCAGUGAAGGGAGUGAUGUGAAUGACAUGAACAAGACUGUCAUCAGCCUGGAGGAUGUCCACCAGUACCAGGAAAGUCCAGAUGAGAUGCUGCGCAUUCUUGUUAAUGUGUUCCACACACCGGUUGAACGGCAGUUCCGCUUGCUGAGUUUGCUGCGCAUGGCCAAGAAGUUCCGUGACUACGUGUGGCGCACGAAGUUCAUCUGUGUUCGUCUGCAGGCAAUAUCAACCCUGUUGUACAGCGGUGCAUUCCAAGCGCCUCAGACGUUUGUGUACGGUACCAUUGCAAGUGACUUGGUUGCACUGCUCAAGCUACACGGGCACACUGACUUGCCGGAUAUCAAAGCCAGUGUGCUUCGCUGCUUCACUGCCUUCAUGGCAAUACCUCAGACGUUGAACUUGACAACAUUCAACUGCAUCGAUGUAACAGGUGCAAAGUCUUACCAUGGUGUUUUCCCAUCAAUGCUGCGCAAGUGUGUCGAUCAGCUGACAGAUCCAGGACAGAGCCCAUUUCCCCACCAGCUCUCAACGGCCCUUUUUUCAACGUUGUAUCACAUGGCAAGCACGCAAGCAGGUGGGUCUGAUGCGCUAGUGGCGAGUGGAAUGGGAGAGUGUAUGGUUAAAGUGCUCCAAUGGCCAGCAACAACUGAGAAUUCACUCACGUUUGUAACCCGUGCGAUUCGAAUUGUGGAUCUAAUGAGCGGUGCAGACUUUAACACCUUGAAUGGUGAGGACGGUGUGGUGACACUACUGGAACGUCUCAAGGAUGAGAUAGACAUUUGCCGAAAGGCUGAGCCUCGUAUGCUAGAAGACCUGAUGAAGUCUCCUCCAAAGCCUCUGACUUCAGCCGACUCAUACUGGUCUUGUCAUGGCUCACGGAGCUCAGCACCAACUGACUUUUCUGAAAUGAGCCAGUCAAAAGUCAGCUUCUCUGGAGAUGAAACAAAGGCGAAGUUUCCAGCUCUUCCCGUUGUAGAACCUGACGCAGACGGCGUGACAACGAAGACAAGUUGGGAUGAAGACGUGUACUUUGCGAGCUCUGGACUGCCUGAGGUGUUGGGCAUGACUGCUGAUCAAGUCAUUAUGCUCUCGUCUUCUCGAUAUUCUAUCAAGCGCUACUUCCACCCGAAUGGCUGUGCUCCGCAACGCUCUGCCUUGAUCAAAUCAACACUGAACCUGAUCAGGAAAGCUCUGCGAAGCAUGCCGACCUUCUUGAGACGUUGUAUGGAUGAGUCCACACAUCUACCAAGCUCGCUGUCACACAUCCUAAGUAACCCAAAGUUCUACGGCUCUUCACUGUUUCAGCUCGCCAUGGAGAUUGUGAUGGAGUUCAUGAAUGCUGUUCCCGGCUCCAUCAGUGAUGUCGUUGACAGUGGUUUGGCGGGAGUCAUCCUUAAUGCUCUCGUCGUCCAAGAGCUACCUGCUAUUCGAGAGAUCUACACCAUGCUGCCUGACGUCCUGGCGGCACUGUGUCUAAACCAGCAGUGCCGUGAGCACUUUCUGGCCAUGAAGCCAUUUGAUCGUCUUCUCCGCAUCCUUCUGGCGCCAGAUUUCAUCUCUGCCCUGCGAAAGCGCAAGCGAGGCGGCAACACUGAUGGAGGUACAUUGUUGGGAAGUUCUGCCUGCAUUGCCCGGCCCAUGGAUGGUCUCCUACGCGCACAUUCUGACUGCGCAAGGCCGCUACUCUUUGCCCUUUUGAAGGUCCUGGACAGGCUUUUGAUCUUGGGUAACUCUCCACGCGUGACCACCGUCCGCUACCCCAAAUACGACAUCUUCUUGAGAGACCGUUCUGCCUCGGGUCCUUCCAUCCACAGUCUGAUUCGCAUGGGUCGCAACCGCCGAAAUGCACGCAAUCCGCCACCCUGGGAGGAUUCUGGUGGUGAGGAGGAGGAAGUAGAGAAUGACGACACCGAUUCAGAGACAUCGUCUGUACGCAAUGCACCGUUGUUGAGCUCCGGCCGAGCCUCAUCUUCAGAGACGCUGGCGUCCUCCGACAAUGCUGGUAACUCAGCUGAAACCAUGCGUAUGGACAUACCCGCGGAUGCUUCUCAUGAAGUUGGUGCUUCUGCAGUUGAUUCGGCAGUAUCAUCGGAGCCCCCGGCCAAACGUGCAAGGAGGGAGAUGCCCGCUGCAACGUCCCUGCCUGCUCCUGCUGUUGGCAAGUCCUAUGUUGUACCCACAAUGGACCUGUUGUACAAUGUGGUUCGAUUUAUUGAUGCCUUCGUGCACACUCGAACGGACAAUUUCAUGAAGGUCUUCAUCCAGGAAGGCGGCUUGCAUCGGUUUAUAGCCCUUGCUCGCAUGCGCAACCUACCAUGGGAUUUCUCACAAUCGUCAGCUGCACGCCUGCUGCUCAAUGUUCUGUCCAGACUUGUGCUAAAUCAGCCCAGCGAGGCCGAACCAAUUCGGUGCCUGUUGACCAACAUUUCUGAAGUCCUGUCCCGCCUUAGUGCAACAUUCCAGAUUCACAGGCCUGUGCACCAGUGCCUCACCCUGGCUGAAUAUGUACGGAACCAGAAUGCUGAGACCAUGCGCAUCGGAACUCCGUCUUUGGAGAGCUGCCCUGGCUUGUUUGACUUGUCACAUCUCCAGACACUGAUCCUGAUGUGUACGGCCAUUGUGCGCACCGAUCUAGCGUCGAGAGGACGUUCAAUGCUCAUGGCGCAAUGGUGUAGUGACCCUGGUACAAAGGUCAUGAGGAAAAUGCAGGACGUGGCUAAGUUCCUUGUAUGGGAGUUCAUCAUGAUGCUGUCCAUCAACCCGACAUCAUGUGUCCUUCCGGCAGAGUCUGAAUUCAUGAAAGACCUGUUGUUGGACAUCGCUCGCCUGGAGAACCCGAACGUAGCCAAUGAUCUUCCCAUGAAGGAGAUCAAGGCGCAAGCAGCAACAGAAGUUGAACCUCUCAUCACGUAUAUCUCUAGGCUGGCUAACCAGGUUACGGAGUUUUUCAUCUCCCUGAGUCGCAUGAUCAGCUCCACGCCACCGCGUGAAUCAUCUCGUGCACGUCUGACAGCCCAGGAGCUGGAUGUGCAGCGUGGCUUCUCUCUCACGCUCAGUACAAGGAUUGUGGACACCGUGCACAGUUUCUUUACCUGGCGACCUCCUGUGGAGAGUCCUCUGAUCCAGCGUGUCUUGCCUCCGCUUUGGUUUUGGUACUCAACUAUGGUGGGAGGAGUGAUGGCUGAUGAUCGAUUCCUCCACUAUCUACAGUACUACCACUCAGUAGUUGGAGCAGCAGGCAGUGCUGCUCUUCUUGAGCAGUUUUUCGAGUGUUUUAAGAGCACGUUGAGAGGUGGCCAGGACGUGGAUCUGGACAAUGCACAGGUGGAUGUCAGCGCUCUGCCAACCGGAAGCAAGGAGUUUAUUGUUGCUUUCCUUUCAACAUUGACAAGUAUGGCAAAUGCAGACUCGGUUUUCAAGUCCAAGAACAACAAAGUCUUCUCUGAGCAAAGAGCUCCUGCAGACACUCCGUCGCAGCAAGUUGUAGAGUUCACGGUGAUCGUGCACAACCUGGCUAUGAAGGCUAUCAAAUUACUGUGGAACAUCAAAGGCAUGACCUUUCCUAUGGCUACUCAGAUUGUGGCUCUUCUAGAGACAUUGAUUGUGUCAGAGAAACCUGUUCGCAAGCAGUUGGAGCGGCUCGCUCGACGCAAUGCUACUCCUGCCUUCCCACUACCACCAGCUCAAGAUCAGGAGAUGGUAGUUGAAGUGGAAUUUCCUUCAGCUGAGGCUGCUGCUGCUCAAGCGGCGGCUGUAGCCGCUGCUGCUGCUGUUGCCGCUGCUGCUGCUAGAGUCCCAGUCCCACCAGUGAACGAGGAACACUUGGGCCAGCUGACCGCCAUGGGCUUCCCAGAGGGCGCGUGCCGACAUGCUCUGCGUGAAUUCAACAACAACCUGCAAAGAGCAACUGACUACAUACUCACACACCCCAUGGCAAUCGAUGAGGCAACCAAUGAGGCCGUGCCUAUGAAUGAAGAGGACCAACUCGCACAGGCCAUAGCACUGUCACUGGGCGGGCCUGCCGAGGAGCCCCAGUCAGCUCCCGCUGCUGCUGAUCCUGAGGCAAAUCAAGCUGCUGAUGCUCCUGAUGCUCCCGCUGUUGCCAAUGCUAUCGACACUGCGGAUGCCGGUACUGCUUCAGAGCAAGUAGAACCUGUUGAGCAGCAAGCUGCUGCUGCUGAUGCUGCUGAUGCUGAUGCUGCUGCUGAUGCUGCUGCUGCUGAUGCUGAUGCUGAUGCUGCUGCUGAUGCUGAUGCUGCUGCUGCUGAUGCUGCUGCUGCUGAUGCUGCUUUUGCUGCUGCUGCUGCUGCUGCUCAGGUUUACAUGGAUGCAGAGGAACCUGCACCAACAGAGCAUGCUGACUCAGUAGUAGCCGAAGAUGGAGCGGAACCGGAAGAGACCAGUGUCACGCCUGUUCAGCAGCCCGCUGCCGACGACUCUGCUGCCCCACGCUAUUUCAGUGUGGAAGAAAUGGAGGAGUUUCUCGGAAUGCUGUCACAAAGCUGUUUCACAGUGCUGGAGCAGAUUCCUGGCUCUGUCCACCGAACUGCCAAAUUACUACGAACAAUAUUUGACAGAGACCUGUCUCUUCUAGAGCCCUUUGUGGAGCGCCUUGUGCAGCUUGUUGGUGAAGCUAUGGAUGCUACGCUGAUAGAGUUUGGGAAUGCGACCAAGCGCAACACUCCAGAUGCACUUCCUGGUGUCGUACUUGCUCUGCCUAUCGGCAACAUUCUCACCUUCCGCUUGCAUCUUCUCGCCAUUCUUUGGAAUAGAGAGAAGAUCUGUUGGCUCUCCUUUUCUGGUGUGGUGAAGAAGGAGUUCAUGAGCAAGGCUGCCGCUCUUCUUGCUGUUGUCUUUCCGUUCUUUUCCGGAGCAAACGAAGUACCAACCUGGUUUACUGGAUGUAUCACUCUCUGCGACCUCUGCCAGGAAUUCUAUACUGUGCUGCAACACCGCAAGGCGUUGGAGUUCAACUGCUUCGAUUGGUAUAUUGGAGAUACAUUCAGGGAUUCCUGGAGUCAAAUUCCGGAGGCCAUGCAAGGUCCGAUCACGAAGGCUUUCAAAGAGCGCUAUGCCACCGAAUAUGUAUUUGAAGGCGCUGGUGACAACAAGCAGACGAUAUCUUUCAAGAGAAUGGUCCAGUGUCACCAGAGUUCUUCAUCUCCGACUCGCCCCGUCAUGUUCACACUGCCGAUUACCGGUCGGCAUGAAGAGAUGGCGCUGAUGGUGAACCCUCCUGGUAAUGUGUCUCUUGGUACCCUGGAUGAUGACCCACUGAAAGCCAUUGGCAAGGCUGACCAAGGACCACUGCAACUAACUGAAUCUGGCUACGAGCAAGCCAUCAAAACUGGAUGUUACAUGGAUUCCAAAUUUUGCAAUGAUAUCACACCUGUGCUCAUCAGUCUUCUGAAUCCGAAGCUCCCAGAUAACUUGGUUAUGGCAUCUGUGCUCAUGUUGAUGCGUUUCACCCGCCAGCCAGAGUUCGCUGCCACUUUCGCUGCCGACAAGAACGGCAUAGACAAUCUGUUGGCGCUCGAGUCGAAGGAAAGCAUUGGCGAAAUCCGCCUGUACAUCAGUGUGAUUCUGGCUCAUGUCAUGGAGGACCCAGUCACGCUGAAAAGUGUGAUGGGCAAUGUCCUGGUGAAAGCCAUGAGCAAACAGAAUGAUCACGGUGUGCGCAACGUCGAUCAUUUGCUACGCCUACUUCAGCCUGCCAUGAUGCGCAACCCAGAAAUGUUCAAGGCCAUCAUGUCCGAACACAUUGAGUUUGCGGCGCCGGACAAGCAGCCGUCGCGGCAUGUCAACAAUCAGACUGUGCCCGUGCAUAAGCGCAGCCAUCCCAGCAAUGUGCAGCUGCGCAAUGCCAGCCAGAUUGGUCAGCGGACCGUGUCCCGCAAGUACUCCCAGGUGCAAGCCAACAUCACGCACAAGCUACUGGACAAGCUUGGCCACAUGCUAGAUGUCACAGCAGCGAAAACAAAGGAACUGAAGUCGCAAGAGUUCUUAUUGAAAGUUUUGGCAGAGUUAUCUCUGACAUAUGAAGCAUGUGCCGUCACUGUUCUCAAUUGGAAGUAUUGCAUUGCCAAUCAGUUAGCACAGAAGGACAUCAUGCAUUUUCUUCUCCACAUUGCUUUGACGACUAGUGAAGAAGGCGAUAAAGUGAAUGUCAGCUCGGCUGCAUCAGCACUGGCCUGCAGUCUUGCCUGCACCUCCAAGAAAAGUCGGCAGCAGUUUAUCACGAUGCUUUGUGACUGCUUGCGCCGAACAUUGGACAAGUGUGAGUCAGUUGAGAAGCACUUGCACCUGCAGGCGUUCUGCAAGUACUUGAUGCCUAUCCUGCAGCAGCCGUAUCCGCAUAAGGAGUCUAUCAAUGCCCUUGCAGCAGGCACUGCGCUGGACCCGAACAUGGCAAUGAUAUUCCAUAGCGGCAUGCUCAACCUUCUUGCAAGCAUACCAACCAGAUUAGACUUAUCGAGCCGUCUGCUUUCCAAGACCAUUGCAGAGCUGCUGCCUCCACUAUCCUUCCUCACCACCGUUGCCCAUGUCUUCAACAUUCCCUAUUAUGACCUGGAGAAGGCUCUGACUGCAAAGAGGACUGGCGGAGACAGCACAUCAGCUUCGGCCCAAGCCCGAGAACGGUCAGGAGGUCACACAGCAUCUGCAAGUGCGUCAGGCAUGCAGUCAUUCGCUGUGCGCUCCAUGCUGCAGCAAAUAGCGCAGUCAGCUUCCAAUGCUGAAGAGGCCAUUGGUCAGUUCGUUGAGUCUUCUCGCCUUGGUGGUGUUGGCUAUCAUCGCUACCUUGCGUCAGCUGGUCACGGUGCAUCAGACAGACAGCAUAUUCUCACCACCCUGGGACAAUUUCAACGUUCUGCAUCACUGGCUGCAGGCGGCAGUGGAGCUAAUGCAGGUGACAAUAGUAUGACGCCUUUGAUUGCUGCUGCUGCAGCAGCUGUCGACGCAGCUCAGCUUAGUUCUAGCCAUGCACUGGCGGAUGUUGGUGGCCACUUUGCCGAUGCUGUUCUUGGCGAGGGUGCUUCGCUGAUGCCCUUUGGCGAACAGGGCGCCGACUCUGUUGACUUUGCUUAUAGCGAUGAUGAAGACGAUGUCGAUGACGAUGAGGAGCAGGAUGUGGAGGUUGUGGAGCUGGAUGAAGAUGGCCGGAGCGGCACGAUAGCGGGCAGAGCCUCGGCUUCCAGUGCACCUGCCACUGCUACAUCUACAGCUUCUGCUGCUGGUGAUCUUGACCCUGAGGACGAUGAGUGUGAUGGCCGUGGGGACAAUGAGAGUGCCAUGGAUAGUGACAGUGAAGGAGAUGAUGAUGAUGACGACGAUGAUGACGAUGACGAUGAUGAUGACGAUGAUGAUGACAGUGAAGACAGUGACGUUAGUAGUGAUUCAAGUAGUUUAAGUGACCACCGUGUGCAGCACGCCGUGCAUGAUCAUCCGCACGAUCACCAUCACCACCAUCACCAUCACCGCAAUGACGACAUGGAUGAGGAGGAUGAGGAGGAUGAGGAUGAGGAAGAUGAAGAUGAUUUCCACCACCACCAUCAUCACCAUCACCAUCACCACCAUGGUGAUAUUGGUGGUGUGGAUAUCCUUGGUGAGCUGGAUGCUAUGGGCCAUCUGGGUGAGAUGGAAGAAGAGGAAUUGGAUGAGGGUAGUGAUGGUGAUCAACCAGAUACUGACCUAGAAGGCGAUGCUGAUGUGGAGUCUUAUGAAAUAGUGGAUGACCAAACUCCAGGUAUCAAUGCACCCAUGGCUAUGGCUGGUAGUGAUGGGUCGUUUGAAAUGGAUCCUGAGAUGCAACUAGCCGAGCUUGCGGGUGGACCUGACCAGUUGCUCCGUGCAGGAUUCAAUUCAGGUCAGCUGCAAGCUGUCGUGGAUGAGUACUUGCUUCGCAAUUCCAAUGGUGACAGCAACGCUCGCAAUUUCAGCGACUUCUUCUUGGCUGACCACCAGCCGAUCUACCGUCCCCUGUCUAUGCGCAAUGCUACCACCAUGCUGCGUGCAAUGCACAAUGCAACACAGCCUCCACGUAAUCCUGAGGGUCGCACACUGGCCAAUCUGCACAACUUUGCUCAGACCAACUGGUCAGCAUUCCCGUCACCCAACGAGCCGAUCGGGAUCACACGGCCAGUGUCGGUAUCGUACGGCCGCUCAGACCUGGUCAGCAUGCAGGCCAACCCACAAGCACGUCAGCAGAAUCCAUUCUUCGAUGACAGUCAGUCAAGUGCUGACAGCUUUACGCCCGGUGGAAAUGAAUACAAUUUCUCCCAGGCCAAUAGCCAGUAUAACAUCACGAUCAGUUGCAAUCGGCAACGACCUGUCAAAUCAGAUGAUCUGGCUGUGCUAGGCAAAUGGACACUAGCCAGUCACCUCCUGGAUGGUAAUGCUCCUGUCCUCUGCUCUGCUCUUUUCAGAAACACGCUGAUGGUCCACUUGCGCCAACAUUAUGAGGCUUUGCUCAUUAAAGCAGCCGAGGAGCAUAAACGCAAGGCAGCGGAGGAGGCCGAAGCUGCUGCUGCCGCACAAAAGGCGGCUGCUGCUGCUAAGCAGAAAGAUGAAGAAGCCACUGCAGCAAAGGCUAAGGACAGCCAGAAGAAUGCCACAGCAGCCGAGGGAGAAGCAGAAAACACAGCUGCUGUUUCUGUGUCUGCACAGUCAGAUGAGGCAACUGCUGCUAGCACUAGUGCAAGCGCUGGUUCUGGAGGUACUGGUGGCAUUGAGCAACCAAUGGAAGAUGGUGAACAAUCGUCGAAUCCUGUGAAUGCAUCCUCCGAUGUGUCUUCUGCUGUUUCCAAUGCAUCGGGAGGCUCAGCUUCUAGUUCUCCUUUGGUUUCUGUGGCAGAGCUUUCUCUGACAACUACUCCACCGCAGACUGCUGCUGGCAGUGUUGCUUCGAACAGUGCUUCAGCUUCUGCCAACGCUCUAAGCGGGGAACAGGCUAGCGGUAGAGAAGAUAUCGCCCAGCUAGAUGCGCCCAGCUCAGAAACUGGCACUGCUACACCUGCUACUGCAAGCGAGCCUGUAGCUGCUGUUGGUGUGGGCUCAACGCUGUCUGAUGCCACUGGCAAUAAUGCUUCUGCUGGGUCUGCAUCUACACAAGCUGCUGCUGCUACUACUGCUGCUGGUGCUGCUGCUGCUGCAACCGCUGCCGGUGGUGGUAGUAGCAUUGACACUGCACAGGGUGGAGCAAGUACCGAAAAUCAUGAGGAUGGCGUGCCGGAUGAAGUGGACCCUGCUUUCCUGGAUGCACUUCCGGAGGAGAUGAGAGCUGAGGUUUUGGCUCAGUUUGAAUUGGGCCGCCAGGCACGACAGCGUGCUCAAAACAUCAGCCAGAACGCUGCUGCAGUCGCUGCCGCAUCUGGUACAGACUCGGCGUCAGGCAACCCACUUGUCAACCCGGACUUCAUUGCCGAGUUUCUUGCCGCUGCACCUGCUCACAUAGCUGAAGAGCUUGAAGCACAACAGAGACAACUAGCGCAGCAAGCAACACAGGCCAACAGACCUGCCCAGCCAGCACCUCCUGCUGAGCCGGAAGCCGGUUCGGCCGACUUCAUUCGAGCACUAGCCCCGUCCAUGCGCGCAUCUGUCUUGGCAGACAUGGAUGAUGAACACGCUCAAGCUUUGCCCGAUGACUUGCGCGAGGAGGCACGCCGACUGCGUCAGAGCCGCCAGCUAGAUGUCGCCCGCCGCAUACAAAGACUCCAUCCUCAGGCGGCAGUGGCUGUCUCUGCCCAACAACUGCUAGAAAACCCAGGCCUUCAACAACUGCUAGACCCCGCAAGGCUACGUCGUGGCUUUGCUCGCGAGGUUUUGCGUAAUCCUCCUGGAGCUGUGCCGCUACGUCAUUCACGCUUCCUAACCCGACAUGGCCAUCAGUACGGACAACGAGUGCCGGUGACUGGUGCACCAGACAGGCGCCGCAGUUGUGUGGAAGUGAUGAGCCGCGACAACCUGGCAGCGAUACUACUGCUCAUGAUUCAUCCUGAGAUUUCGCUGGACGUCACUUUCCUCGGUGAGAUCCUGAACGCUGUACUGCACGGCGAGGGCGUGCCACAGUGGUUCCUUUGUGCUAUGUUGGCUAUCAUUCAUCGUGCUCUUGGCUAUGAUCUAAGCAGCAAAGCUGCCGGCCAAGAUGAAGAACAAGCAAUGGCAGUGACAGAAGUAAAGGAGCUAUCUCUCAGUGCACUGGCAAGCAGCCAGGCUUCAUCUUCUGAGAAGCCUCUUCUAGCAGAGGAGGCGGCGCGUGGCGGAACCUUGGCCAGCAAGUCAUCGCUGUGCUGGCUGAGUAUCCCAUGCUCAACAUCUGCUCACACUGGCUCUGUUCCGCUACUGUCUCUGCAGUCGAAUGAACUAAGGUUUGCAAAGAGCCUUGUACCGACAAUCCUGCGCAAUGCAAUGAAUCACCUACAUCGCUUUGCCUCUCUUUUCCCGUCAGCUUUGCUGGUCCCCAUCGACUACGCAGGUGCAGCAUCAACUGCAGCUAUUCCCAAGUCCCUCAAGGCAAAGCUGUGUGAUGGUCAAGGCAUGCACGCUACUCAACCAUGUGACCUGUGGAGACGACUGCAGGGUAUCAAUAACCGCUAUCUUGCCUGGAUGAGUUGCUCUGCGGAUGAUGCUACUGCUUCUUCUAGUUCGGAAGGACCCUCUAGCAGUACUGAGCUUGGCAUAGUUGCUCAGUCAGAUAUCAGCUCAUCUCUGAUUGGUCGAUUCCUGGGUCUGUUAGAUAGUGUGCAUGUGGCAGAUAACCCCGAGCUGACAGAACUGAUCCUGAAGCUGGCAUUCAAUAUGGCAAAGCGCUUCUCCGGCCCACCUCCUUCCAGGGAUGACAUCUCCAAGAAGAAGAGAAAGCGCAAGAAGAGCACGUCAUCUGGUGACCAGACCGAUGGUGAUGCACCUGCUCUCUGUUUUGAAGUUGAAGAGGAAGCCGUCUUCAAUCAUGAUAAUCGUGUCAUGCAAGGAUGUAGACAUCCUCAAGGUGCAACACUACAGGACCGACUGGGCCUUUCCGAUAUGGUAUGCGACAAGGCGGAGAGGUUUACAAGUGCUGAGCUGCAACGCAUGGGAACAUGUCAUCAGGUUCGUCCGGAAAUCUUCUCCUUCCUAAUGUCACAGCUUAUGAAGGACUCGCUAACAGCCAAGAGCAGUUCCCACUGCAGCAGUCUGGUGGAUUCUAUGUCCAAGGUAGAUCGGGCACAUGGCUUCCAGGCAAUGACAUGUGUCUUUAAUGCCAUCGAGCAAGUAGCUGCUGAGCUCAAUGCUGACCUUCAGCGCAUCACGUCAGUUCUCAACCAGGAGAAAGCAGCAGCAGUAGUAGCAGCGUUGGCAACUGCACCCGCUGCAGCUGCUGGGCACAAAGCAACAACUGGUUAUGUGGAUCAGUCGCUAUCUGCAGCAAUGCGGAGUCAAGUUGUGGCACGAACUUCUUCCACAAAGCUCCCUGUAAUGCACAACUACUCCCAGCAGCAAGCAAAAGCUAUCGAACUAUUAUCAGAUAUGGUUCCCAAGCAGACAACAUUCUCCUGUCUUCUCGACAUCCUCUUCAAGCUUCACACUGAGCUGAACCGCCAGGUUUACGAUGUCAUUGCUUGUUUUGACAGUGCAGUGGACAGUAGCAAGCAGACCACUAACGAGAACCAGCCAGUGGCUGGUAUUAGUACGGUUGGUGAGCCCACUCCGGAUGCUACAACUGACUCGGAUUCUACAUCUCUAUCAGCAGCCUGGAAUAUUGGAAUGAACCAUGCACAAGCCGCGAUUGCUGCUGCUGCUGCCAGGACCAACUCCACCACCUCCACCUCCGCUGCUGCCUCAAGUGGUGCAGCAGCAGCAUCGUUGCUUACACCAGCUACACCUGCACAGCGUGGAGCAGAGGCAGGCAAUCCCGACUCUGGUACGCUAGCAGCCCCGGAUUCAUCUAAGACAAAAGCGGACAGGCAGGAUACUGCACUAUGCCAGCUGUAUUUGAUGGAACUUCUCCUUAUGCCUAGUCUCUCAUCUCUGGUGAACCUGGACACGCUUUGGAGUCGCUUGGGGUCUAUCUUAACCGCGUUUAGCGAUCUGGGCGAGACUAAAGCAGUCCUCCAGCUGAAAUCGAUGGUGGAGGCGUUCUUCUCAAUGCACAAGGUGUCCUUACCAAACCAACUGCACACAAGCCACCGAGAGAAGUGGAAGCCAGACCUGAACCAGGACAAGGCUGUCACCCAGAUUCCCGCUUCUCCUGGCUCGACAACGUCAACAACGCGCUCAUUAGACCAUGCCAAGUUUGUUGCUUUCGCUGAGAGGCAUCGUGGUGUGCUGAAUCAGAUACUGCGCCAGAGCCGUGGUUCGUUGGAAUCCGGGCCGUUUGCCGUCCUGGCCAACCACACACGCGUUCUUGACUUUGACGUCAAGUGCGCUCAUUUCCGCGCCGAGCUUGAAAAGCUCACCGAGCAACGCCGAUCUCUACGGGAAGAUUUUGGCAUCCAUGUUCGCCGCUCUCAUAUCUUUGAGGACUCCUUCCGGGAGAUUUUCCGGCGGGGAACUCAGGAGAUGAGGAGCCGCAUGUACGUCGUGUUUCAAGGCGAAGAGGGACAAGACGCUGGUGGUCUGUUGCGGGAAUGGUUCAUCAUCGUGGCGCGCGAGAUUUUCAAUCCCAACUACGCGCUGUUCAAGACCACCCCCGGUGACCGUGUGACCUACAUGCCGAAUCCAGCGUCGCACGCCAAUCCUGACCAUCUCUCCUACUUCAAGUUUGUCGGCCGCUUCAUUGCCAAGGCCGUCUUUGACAACAAGCUGUUGGAGUGCUACUUCACGCGUUCUUUCUACAAGCACAUCCUAGGCAAGCCAGUGCACUACGUGGACAUGGAAGCGGAAGACUACACCUUCUUCAAGAGCAUGCAGUCCAUGCUUGAGUCCAAUAUCAAUGAUCUGGACUUGGAGUUGACUUUCUGUGUCGAGGUGGAAGAGUUCGGUAAAACAAUCACGCGUGACUUGAUUGAGGAUGGCCGCAAUGUGCCUGUGACAGAAGAGAACAAGCAGGAGUAUGUGCGGCUGGCUUGCAUCGAGAAGAUGACCAGUGCUAUCCGGCAGCAGAUCCAGGCAUUCUUGGAAGGUUUCUACGAGAUCAUACCAAAGCAUUUGAUUGGCAUUUUCAAUGAGCAGGAGCUUGAGCUGCUGAUUUCCGGUAUGCCAACAGUUGACUUGGAUGAUCUACGAAUGAACACCGAGUAUCACAAGUACACGAUGGAGAGCUGUCACAUCCAGUGGUUCUGGCGAGCACUGCAUUCCUUCAACAAGGACCAGCUGGCCAAGUUUGUACAGUUCGUCACCGGCACGUCCAAGGUACCACUGCAGGGCUUCGCCCACCUGGAGGGUAUGAACGGACCUCAGAAGUUCCAGAUCCACCGUGACGAUCGGUCUCUUGAUCGCCUUCCAUGUGCACACACGUGCUUCAAUCAGCUGGACCUUCCGCCCUAUGAGAACUAUGACAAGCUUCGGCACAUGCUGCUACUUGCUAUUGAAGAGUGCACAGAAGGAUUUGGCUUGGCGUAGGGAGUCGUGUCAACAAGAAGGUGUGCUACCUCCCGUGGUCGCCCUGCCGUUUGCUGCAAUCUCUGGUUUUCUAGUGAUGUAUGUGGUCCCGCUGCAGCAAGGCUGUUGCUUAACACCCAUGCACAUGGCUUUGUGCAUUCUUUCCCUAAUCCUCAUUCUCCCCCUCCCCCUCCCUCCCCCCCCCCCCCCCCAUAUGUAUAGAACACACAUAACUCAGCUACACAUUGAACAUAGACUCAAUACGGAAAAAGAGCCCCUGCCCCCUCCCCUACCUCUCUACGUAGAUACACACUCACCAACACUCACACUCACCAGAACUUUAGCCAUAUCCAUCAGCAGUCAGAUAUACUAUGAAAUACACGCAAGCUGUACAUAAAGUUAUGUCCCGGAACUGGUGCUGUUGCAUGUAUUUGUGUAUGUACAUGACCAUGUGCAUUGCUUUGUGUUGUUGUGAGCGUUUUAUUAUCUUGUUUUGUGUGUGUGUGUGCAUGUGUGUCCUGGGUAUUUUUUUGCGGUUUGAAGCGUGACUUUGUAUUCUUUGAAUUCCCCCAUGCAACUGCGCCCAUCUGUAUAAAGAAAUUGGUACUAUACUGUCCGUAGCAGUAAGUGCCCUGCACAACCGUGCACCAUCUGUAUAGUAGUAGUAGUGGUAGCGGCGCUUGUACUGUUAGUCUGUUAGUGCCGCUGCUGGUGCACCCCUUGCACCCUUCUGCUCCAUCAUUGUGUAUAUACUUCCAAGUAGGUGUUUAUUUGAAAUUGUGUCCCAUUCCUUUCCUGCGCGAUUGCUGAUGUAUGAGUUCUGGCACUUUUUGUUUUAUUUUUGUCCGUUUCUAUACAGUUUCUUUCCUGUGCUGUUGCUAUCUUUUAUUUUACUUCAUUGCUAGUUUCUCAUCGGAGGGGGUAACAUCUGAUAAUUGCCAAUAACGAACUUUGCUGCUUUUACCACCGAUUUGUGCGCCGUCACGGUGCCCUCCAUGGCAUAUGCAUUCCCCUCUGAUAACUAGGCCAGCUGGAAAUUGCUCAUGUUCUUGUUCUACCAAAGAAGUGUUCCCCAGUGA